CGCGUGGCCUGCAGUUCGGUGCAGAACACGCGUACGAGAACGUACAAACGUUGAAUGCGCGGCCACCGACCCGACGCCAACGGGCGCGUAAACACGCAUGCUUUUCUCGCGUUCGCGAUGCACCCGGUUUUUGGUCGUUUAUCGUGUGCCUGGUGGUUGUUGUGGAUAAACAAUGCAGAACAUUAUAAAUGCAAAUCCAAUAAGUGAUGUGAUAAGAACUAUCCGUAUCAUAUCUACAAAUAGCCGUGGCGUCGAUAUGAUUCAACAGUCAACAUUUUGGUACACACCAUUGCAACUUCACUUCAAUUGAUGAUAAGCGUGGAAAAUGGGAAACAGUCAAACCGCCGGAGUCCGGAAGUCUAGAAGUUUACCAACUUCGCCGGAAGUCAGACGAGCAAAAUCGUCCGCCAUCCCCCACAAGACAGGAGCUGGUGGUACUGCGAGCAGUAUCCCCCUGCCCGGCUCUGCAAUCCCUGCUCGUAGAUGCCCUCCGGACAAAGUGCGGCCGGUAGCUGGAUCCAGCCGGAGUUCCAGUCCGGCCCUGUCUAUGAUUCCACGGGGACCAACGCAGCAAGUGGGUAGCCCCUAUCAGACUGAAAAAGCAACGAGCAACGGCCAGAUCCAGAAGAACUCGAUGUUGGACAAGUUGAAACUCUUCAAGAACACCGAAAAGCCCGUUCAAACCAACGGUAAACGCACUAGCAGUUCCAGCGGAGUCUCAUCAGCAAGAAGCGAACGAAGCGACUCCAGCAUUAGCUUAGAGCCCAACGUGGACCUCAAACCUAUCAGAAACACCUCGAGGCUGAAGCAAACCAGACCGGGAAAGCCCGCACAAACCAAGAACAGUCCAAACGCCACCAAGAAAGAGGUGCUCACCAGCAAGUGCAACAAGACGGCUGUCGAGGUGGAGAAGCACGCCCAUAAGGUCGCGAAUUUGACAACGACAAAACUCGUUGAGCCCAAAGUGAAAGUGACAGUGAAUAAAGAACCAUCGCCUGUGAUGAAGUCGCACAUACCCCCGCCAACAGCGGCUGGUACGGGGAUUCCCAAGCCUACGGCUGCGAUCAAAGGGACUUCGAAGAUCGCCAGGGAUAUAAGCACAAGCUCGUUCAAGCCGCCACCCAGCACCGGGAUAUCCAGAGAAAGCUCACAGGUAUCUCUGAAACAACACAAACCUGCGAUCGCCAUGGUCUCGCCAAUCAAGAAUGAGAGCAACAUGUCAGAAAGCACAAACAGCUCAAGCACGACGGGCCCUUCAAGUGACAGCUCAAUGAUCUGCAAAGCAUCCAGUGAGAGCAGUUCCGAGCAUCAAAGCUCAUCGCCCAGCAAAAAGCUGUGGGAGGUAUGCGAAGAAGCUCAACAAACACCUCAAAGCCAGAAAGGUGCGGAAAAAGAUGAUCAACACUGUGAUAAAGGGAAGGAAGAGAACAUAUCAAAGGAGAGUGAAAGUAAAGAGGAUAGUCUGGGACAUAUCAAAGAGGAAGAGCGGGAAGACUCGCCAGGUAUUUCCAUAGAACCAAUGCGGCCUUUACUGAGAGGAUACUGCAGUACACUGACGUUACCAUCUAGACAGAGGCAUUAUCAUCACAAAGUGCCUCCAGAUAGCGUUAGCGACUAUUGCGACAUAUCCAUAGCAAACGGCUAUCUUUCGGAUGGCGAAAUUUUGAGGAAUACGGCAAUGAUGGACAUUGGUGACGGGUAUUUGUCAGAAGGAGGAUCGGUGUUGUAUGCCAGGAGGUUGCAGACGAUGCCUGCUCAUCUAUCAAAUGGGAAGGGAUGGAAAGAGAGAGCAGGUUCAUUUACAAUGUUGCCAACGACAGCCGAUUGUUUUUGAGGUUUUCUCGUUAAAU